AUGGAGAAGGAGCUGAUCUUUCUCUUCGAAUCAGAAGAACUCGUUGAUCAGAAGAAGUAUCUUGAGGAGUCUUGCCAGCCUAAAUGUGUGAAGCCUCUGAUUGAAUAUCAGGCAUGUGUUAAGAGGGUUGAAGCUGAUAACAAUGGCGACAAGCAUUGUACAGGCCAAUACUUUGAUUACAUAUCUUGUGUUGACAAAUGUGUUGCGCCGAAGUUAUUUGGAGCACUCAAGUAG